AUGGCCGACUACGACGAUGCGUACGAGGAGGAGUUCUACGAUGAUAUGGAGGAGGGAAUCACGUCGGAGGACUGCUGGACGGUGAUUUCGUCUUUCUUCGACACGAAAGGUCUCGUGUCGCAGCAGCUGGACUCCUUCGAUGAAUUCGUUUCAUCGACGAUGCAAGAGCUGGUGGAGGAACAAGGCCAAGUUACCCUCGACCAGACUCUUCCUCCUGCCGAUGAUGAAGUCGACCCAGUCGUCCUCCGCCGUUAUGAACUCAAAUUCGGAACCGUCAUGCUUUCUCGACCCUCAGUCACUGAAGGUGACGGUGCGACUACUAUCAUGUUGCCUCAGGAGGCUCGCUUGCGAAACCUGACCUACGCCAGUCCCCUUUACCUCGGUAUCACUAAGCGAAUCAUGGAAGGUCGCGAACGGUUGAUCGCAGAUCGUGAGGAUGACGAAACGGUCCCAGAUGCGGAUGAGGACAGAAAGGCUCGUGGCACAUACCUGCAGUGGGAGCAAAAGGAGCUUCCCGCUGAUCAGGCGAAGGAGGAGACCGUGUUCAUUGGAAAGAUGCCCAUCAUGCUCAAGUCCAAGUACUGUAUCCUCAAGGAUCUGAGCGAACAGGCUCUAUACAACUGGAAUGAGUGCCCCUACGACUCGGGAGGUUAUUUUAUUAUCAAUGGAAGUGAAAAGGUCUUGAUUGCCCAGGAGCGAAGCGCCGGAAACACCGUUCAGGUGUUCAAAAAAGCGCCACCCAGUCCUACACCUUACGUUGCGGAGAUUCGCAGUGCGGUCGAGAAGGGUUCGAGACUGCUUUCGCAAUUGUCUCUUAAGCUUUUCGCCAAGGGAGACAGCGCCAAGGGCGGUUUCGGACCUACAAUCAGAUCGACUUUGCCUUACGUCAAGACCGACAUUCCCAUUGUCGUGGUAUUCAGAGCACUUGGCGUGGUUUCGGACGAGGAUAUCCUCAACCACAUUUGUUACGACAGAAAUGAUACCCCUAUGCUGGAGAUGCUGAAGCCUUGUAUUGAAGAAGGUUUUGUCAUUCAAGACCGUGAGGUCGCUCUGGAUUUCAUUGCCAAGCGUGGUUCUUCUCAGUCGAGCAUGAACCAUGAGCGCCGUGUCAGAUACGCACGGGAGAUCAUGCAGAAGGAACUGCUUCCUCACAUCUCUCAGAGCGAGGGUAGCGAGACCCGCAAGGCUUUCUUCUUGGGUUACAUGGUGCACAGACUCUUGCAAUGCGCUCUGGGUCGCCGUGAUGUUGACGACCGUGAUCACUUCGGAAAGAAACGUCUCGAUCUUGCCGGUCCUUUGCUUGCCAACCUGUUCCGCGUUCUCUUCACCAGAGUCACCCGCGACCUUCAGCGUUACGUCCAGAGAUGUGUUGAAACCAACAGGGAAAUCUACCUCAAUAUCGGUAUCAAGGCCAGUACCUUGACAGGAGGUCUGAAAUAUGCCCUCGCCACGGGUAACUGGGGAGAACAGAAAAAAGCAGCGAGCUCCAAAGCCGGUGUCUCGCAGGUGCUGUCUCGUUACACCUAUUCUUCCACCUUGUCACAUCUGCGCCGAACCAACACGCCCAUCGGCCGUGACGGUAAGAUCGCCAAACCUCGUCAGCUUCAUAACACGCACUGGGGUCUGGUCUGCCCGGCAGAGACACCCGAAGGUCAGGCUUGUGGUCUGGUCAAGAACUUGGCUCUGAUGUGUUACAUCACUGUCGGUACCCCCAGCGAACCCAUCAUUGAUUUCAUGAUUCAGCGCAACAUGGAGGUUCUUGAGGAAUUCGAGCCCCAAGUGACACCGAACGCCACGAAAGUGUUCGUGAACGGUGUCUGGGUUGGUGUCCACAGAGAUCCAGCUCAUUUGGUUAACACGAUGCUCUCUCUGCGUCGUCGUAACAUGAUUUCGCAUGAGGUCAGCUUGAUUCGUGACAUCCGUGAGCGUGAGUUCAAGAUCUUCACUGAUGCUGGACGUGUUUGUCGACCACUCUUUGUCAUCGACAAUGACCCGAAGAGUGAGAACUGCGGCUCUCUGGUGCUGAACAAGGAGCAUAUUCGCAAGCUGGAGCAAGACAAAGAACUGCCCCCAGAUCUUGACCCUGAGGAGCGUAGAGAACGCUACUUUGGCUGGGAUGGUCUGGUCAAGUCGGGAGUCGUGGAGUAUGUCGAUGCUGAGGAAGAAGAGCAUAUCAUGAUUUCCAUGACGCCGGAGGACCUCGAGAUCUCCAAGCAACUCCAGGCCGGUUACGCUCUUCCCGAAGAGGAGCUGAAUGACCCGAACAAGCGUGUCCGCUCAAUUCUGAGUCAGAGGGCGCAUACCUGGACGCAUUGCGAAAUUCACCCCAGUAUGAUUCUGGGUGUUUGUGCCAGUAUCAUUCCUUUCCCGGAUCACAACCAGUCGCCCCGUAAUACCUACCAGUCUGCAAUGGGUAAACAGGCCAUGGGCGUGUUCUUGACCAACUUCGACCAGCGUAUGGAGACAAUGGCAAAUAUUCUCUAUUACCCACAGAAGCCGUUGGCUACCACCCGGUCUAUGGAGUUCCUCCGAUUCCGUGAGUUGCCAGCCGGCCAGAAUGCUAUCGUCGCUAUUGCUUGUUAUUCCGGCUACAACCAAGAAGAUUCCGUCAUCAUGAACCAGAGCAGCAUUGAUCGUGGUCUCUUCCGCAGUAUGUUCUACCGUACCUAUACGGACACGGAGAAGAUGGUAGGUCUUACCGUUGUUGAACGGUUUGAGAAGCCCAUGCGUUCGGACACAAUCGGCAUGAGGAAGGGUACCUACGACAAGCUCGACGAGGAUGGCAUCAUCGCUCCAGGUGUCCGUGUGUCGGGUGAGGAUAUCAUCAUCGGCAAAACAGCUCCCUUGGCGCCUGAGGCAGAAGAGCUUGGCCAGCGAACCAAGGCUCACACCAAGCUGGAUGUGUCGACACCUUUGCGAAGCACGGAGAAUGGUAUCGUGGAUCAAGUCCUGGUGUCCACCAGCAAUGAUGAUCUCAAGUUCGUCAAGGUGCGCAUGAGGACGACUAAGAUUCCCCAGAUUGGUGACAAGUUUGCGUCUCGUCACGGACAGAAGGGUACCAUCGGUAUCACCUACCGACAGGAAGACAUGCCCUUCACACGCGAGGGCGUUGUACCCGACCUCAUCAUCAACCCGCACGCCAUUCCGUCCCGUAUGACCAUCGCUCACUUGAUCGAGUGUCAGCUCAGUAAAGUAUCGUCGCUGCGUGGGUUUGAAGGUGACGCGACACCCUUCACUGACGUCACUGUCGACUCUGUCUCUCGUCUGCUUCGUGAACACGGUUACCAGUCUCGUGGGUUUGAAGUGAUGUACAACGGCCACACUGGACGGAAGAUGGUGGCGCAAGUGUUCCUGGGGCCAACCUAUUACCAGCGUCUGCGCCACAUGGUCGACGAUAAGAUCCAUGCUCGUGCACGUGGACCGACUCAGAUUCUGACGCGCCAGCCUGUGGAAGGUAGGGCCCGUGAUGGUGGUCUCCGAUUCGGAGAGAUGGAACGUGAUUGUAUGAUUGCGCACGGAGCCAGUGCUUUCCUGAAGGAGCGUCUGUUCGAUGUUUCCGACCCGUUCCGAGUCCACAUCUGCGACGACUGCGGACUCAUGACCCCGAUCGCUAAACUGAAGAAGGGACUCUUCGAGUGUCGCCUGUGCAACAACAAACACCGGAUCUCGCAGGUCCAUAUUCCCUACGCCGCCAAGCUUCUGUUCCAGGAGCUGGCAGCCAUGAAUAUCGCUGCUCGUAUGUUUACCAACCGGUCUGGCGUGUCUGUGCGGUGA